CGCAAGUCCGUCUAUGACUCAAAUGGCAUAACGCUGUUUGAACUCUGUCUCCCCCUGCAGGCCGUUCCUGGUACUGCCCCCACUGAUGGAGUGGAUCAGGGUCGCGGUCGCCCACACGGCCCACAGACGGAGCUUCUCGGUGGACAGCGAUGACGUCCGGCAGGCGGCCAGACUGCUGCUGCCCGGGGUGGACUGUGAACCACGUCAGCUGAAGGCCGACGACUGCUUCUGCGCGAGCAGGAAGUUGGACGCGGCGUCCACCGAGGCCAAGUUCCUGCAGGACCUGGGCUUCAGGAUGCUGAACUGCGGCCGCACCGACCUGGUGAAGCAGGCGGUCAACCUGCUGGGGCCCGACGGCAUCAACAGCAUGAGCGAGCAGGGGAUGACCCCCCUGAUGUACGCGUGCGUGCGCGGCGACGAGGCCAUGGUCCAGAUGCUGCUGGACGCCGGAGCCGACAUCAACAGCGAGGUGCCCAGCUCAGUAAACAAGCACCCCUCAGUUUACCCCGACACGCGCCAGGGGACGCCCCUCACGUUCGCCGUGUUGCACGGACACGUCCCUGUCGUGCAGCUGCUGCUGGACAACAAGGCCAACGUUGAGGGGGCACUGCAGGAGGGAGUGGAAAACUACACCGAGACGCCGCUACAGCUAGCCGCCGCCGCAGGUAACUUCGAGCUGGUCAGCGUGCUCCUGGAGCGCGGCGCUGACCCGAUGAUCGGGACGGUGAGUCGGAACGGGAUCGUCUCGCCCGCCGCCCCUCAGGGGGACAUGAACUCCUUCAGCCUGGCAGCGGCGCACGGCCACAGGAACGUGUUCCGGCGGCUCCUGUCCCAGACGGAGAAGGAGAAGGGGGACGUCCUGUCGCUGGAGGAGAUCCUGGCCGAGGGCUCUGAGCCCGGGGGCGGGGACAAGCGGGCGGCCCCGCCCCCUCUGCCGCUGCUGCUCCCCAACGGAGGCGGAGCCACGCUGCUGCGAACAGGAAAGGCCAAACUGAGAGCCCUGAGAGAGGCCAUGUACCACAGCGCCGAGCACGGCCACGUGGACAUCACCAUAGACAUCCGCAGCUUAGGGGUCCCAUGGACGCUGCACACCUGGCUGGAGUCGCUGAGGACCUGCUUCAUCCAGCAGCGGCGGCCUCUCAUCCAGGGGCUGCUCAAGGACUUCAGCGCCAUCCAGGAGGACGAGUACACCGAGGAGCUCAUCACCCACGGCCUGCCGCUCAUGUUCCAGAUCCUCCGCGCCAGCAAGAAUGAGGUGAUUAGCCAGCAGCUGGCCGUUAUCUUCACGCAGUGCUACGGACCGUUCCCCAUCCCCAAACUGACAGAGAUAAAGAAGAAGCAGACCUCACGUCUCGACCCUCACUUCCUCAACAACAAGGAGAUGUCUGACGUCACCUUCCUGGUGGAGGGGAAGCCCUUCUAUGCACACAAAGUGCUGCUGUUCACCGCCUCGGCCAGGUUCAAGUCUUUGCUCCAGAACCGACCAGCAGCAGAGAACACCUGCAUCGAGAUCAGCCACGUCAAGUACAACAUUUUCCAUCUGGUCAUGAAGUUUCUCUAUUACGGCGGAACGGAAACGUUGCACAUCCGAAACACGGAGAUAAUGGAGCUCUUGUCUGCUGCCAAAUUCUUCCAACUGGAAGCUCUGCAGCGGCACUGUGAGAUCAUCUGCUCCAAGAACAUCACCACGGAGACCUGCGUGGACCUCUACAAGCACGCCAAGUUCCUGGGUGCGGCCGAUCUGACGGCGUUCAUCGAGGGCUUCUUCCUGAAGAACAUGGUGCUGCUGACGGACCUGGAGCCCUUCAAGCAGCUGCUGUACGAGCUGUCGCCGCCCGCCCAGCAGCUCGCCGCCGCCCCCGCCGCGGCCGAGAGCCCCGCCUCCAGCCCCGCCUCCCCCGGCAUCUGCUCCGACAUCCUCCUGGAGCUGGAGAAGACGCUGACCACACGCAUCCGCUCCAUCCACCUGUCCGCCUCCAAGGGCUCCGUGGUGUGACCCUCCCUGGCCCCUCCCUCCCUCCCGAGCCUAGCCCCGCCCCCCACCAAGCCCCGCCCCCCACCACCUAGCCACGCCCCCCAAGAACCACAACACACACACACAAACACACACACACACACACAAACACACACAAACACUAGUGCCAAAAAGAUGCAACUGACUUGGCCUCCAUGCGUUCCCUUCCUGCCCACCUCCACCUCCACCUCCUCCUCCGCCCUACGCCCUUAUAAAGGAAUAUUCAGACGCUGCCAUUGGCUCGUGCAUCAACGAGGGAUUUCAUUGGUGGUCUCUUGUCUCGAAACGCUCAGAACCUAAAGCAUUUGAAAAAGUCUGCGAAAUGCGGCUGUUGUCCUUGAAACGUUGUCAAAGUACGACUGUGGAGCUCAAACGCAAGGAAACUGUCGUGGACGAAAGAACGGACUUCUCCGACCGCGACUCUCUGGAGUCUUCGUCGAGACCCUGCGGACUUGAAACAUACGACCGUACUUCACAUCCGAUACGUGCAUGGAAACACCUCCAACGAUGGUUUGGGGAAGCUAAAAAAGGGACCAACUUAGAAGUUUAGCUCUUUUUGUGCUACUUGGCGCUCUUUGAAAACAAAACUUAAAAAACUAAAAGGUAGAGUACAUCAGACAAACUGAAACCAUCCACAGCCACCCUCAGCCACCCGAGCAGGUUCAGACGGUGGACCAAACCAGAGAUGUCAACUGAAGCCAUUGGGAGAUCGAGGGGAAGGGAAGCCUCCUGGGCGAACGACAUCAAAGCAUCCUGUCAUGUUUUUUGGUAACGGACACACACACACAUUGUGUGCUUCACCUGUGUUUUUCUACUCCGUGUGCGUGUGUGCGUGCGUGUGUGUGUAAGUGCGUGUGUGUAAGUGCAUACGAUUUUGUGAUUCGGAAAAGAGACACCGAUCACGGAAUGCUUGGAAAAAGAUCGGACGCGCAAGCUGGACUUUUUCCAUUGAGGACCACCGGCCCGUGGGCUCCCCCCUCUGGACAGUUUAUGCAUGACGCUCGCCGAGGCCAUAUCGCUAGUUUACGUGGCGGCUCUCACUUCACCGCGUCGAGGGGAUCGAUGUCUCUUCUUCUCUCUUCUCGUGUGUAACCAACACAUGGGGGUCACGGGACGGAGAAACAUAAACUUAUUUCAAGUGCGUUCAGACAGAUGUAAAUAAGUCCUGGAAGUCCAUUAUGUGCUUUUUAUUUUUUAAAACUACAAUGUACAGUGUUUACUCUGAUAACUCCCCCCUUUCCCUCUCGCUUGGCAGAAGACACCAAUCUCAUCGAAUGUAUUCCCGGAACAAAACAAAGCUCUGGCUUUUUUUCUCGUUUCUCGUUUAUGCAAAAGGGCAUGUAUGUUUUUGUCUGUUUGUCUGUGAAGCACUUGCUUUCUAUGCCAACAAAAAAAAAACGGUAGAGCUGAAUUAGGGUAGGCUAUUGUUCUAAAUCGUGUUAAAAGUAGCAGAGGAUGUUAACCUUUUUACUACUGUUUAAAAAACCAUGCCGGAUUAUUGGUUGUUUUUUCCAUUCAGCUUCCCUGUAACUAAAAAUAUGAUGAAACGUUCUUCUAACCUACUGUAAAUUAUCCGAAAUUUAAAUGCGCUUAUUUCCGCUGUGAUAGAGCGCAAACGACAUUCCCAGAGUUGGAGCCCAAACUUUAAAAAGGUCCAAAGAAUUCUCGCUAAAAAAACAAAUUUCAAACUUACAAUAAUAAUUAAAUAAUUAUGAGUCAAAUAUGAAUUCUAAAUAAUCAACAUUUAACAAUUGUUUGAGUUGGGGUCCAUGAAGUGUUGAUUCUGUAUGGUGCUUGUCUGGAUGGUAAAUGAUGCUUAUUGUGUAAUGGGUUGGAUGACUGAUACGACAGCCGAAGGACACAAUGGAUUGUAGCAGACGUACGAUGACUUCAACAAAGUAUUUUAGGCCAAUUGACUUAUUAGGUGGGGGAACGUGUGCAGCUAAGAGGCCGUUUUACAUCUGUAAAUAGUUACAGAAGAUGAAUUAUAUGAACCUACUUUAUUUUCUUACCUACAUACAUAGCACUAUACAGUUUAUUUUACAUUUUCAGAUAUUUUGUUUUACAAAAGCAAAAAAAAAUCAUAUAAACAAUAUGGAAAUAGCCUAUUUCCAUAUUGACAUUGUAUUGCUUGGUGUGGUAAAUACAGUAAGAUAACAGAUACAUAGAUAUAUAUGAACUAGAUGCCCUAUAUAAGAAAAUAACGAUAUUUUUGGAUUAUUUAAAAACAAAUGCAUAGAUUAGCUAUUUUAAAGUUAUAUUAAAAAGUUAACAACAGUAUAUUUAUCUUGUGCACAUAUACUACCCAUCAUAGCUUUAAAUGAACCCUCCAUUCCUUCACCCUGGGUGACCUCCGAGGUGGAUGCGUCCCUUGCAGUCUGCACAGCGAAGUAUCCAGCUACCUUUAGUCUCCAAGGCCCUCCACCUUAUUGCUGUGCCUCAAACAGUCAAACGCAGUAUCGCUAGUGUUUCAAAACGAUUUGGUGUUGAUUUGCACUCAGCUCUCUUCAGUAACUGUACGUUUAUUUCUUUCCAUAUUAGCCCCUUUGUUAUUCCUCAUUAAACAAUAACAAAAAAGUGAAUAAAGAAGAUCUAUUUUGCGCCGUUAAGCUGUGCUUCUCACUGAAUGAGCAGUGCGAGUGUGCGUUUGAGUUGUGUGUCGGGUUGUGUUUGGGUGAGCAGCAUGGCUCCUUUCUGUGUCCCGGUCAAACUGCGGCGUUGUCCGCCCGCCACGUGACAUCUCUCCACGAACCCACGGCGCUGAGCAGCGCCUUGCCUGCGCGUCCGUUCCCCGUCGUCCAACACAUCUCAACGCACUCAACACAUGCAUGCAAUACUAAAGAGUAGGAAUCCAGGAGCUCACUUUUUUGCAAUUUUACCUUUGAUGAAAACAUGUAUAUUGUACUAUAAAUAUAUAUAUGUAUAUAUACAUAUAUAUAUGCAUAUAAACAUAUAUAUAUAUAUGCAUAUAUACAUAUAAAAAAAUACCUGAUAUAUAAAUGAUAGCUGGUGUUAAUAGCAGGGAUGUGGUGUAGAGUCUAACGACGUGAUGAAGGUGUUGCCGUCGUGCUACAGACAGUGCAAGUGUUCCUGAGAUGCUUGGUUUAGAGCCAAUAAAACAACGAUAUUGAUGACCUUUACACCGUGUGGGUUGUUUUUGCCACUCUCUCUAUUUCACCCAUCUCGGCUUAAGAAUCAGUUUCUCCUCCCAUCAGAUACGUGCAACGAUUGAGUCUCCAAAAUGUUGUGACCCUGGCCUGUUAUGAUUCUCCACGUAAUUCCAUUCACGCGCAUGCUGAAGAUUUGUUUCAAGAUUAUUUUUUUAUACUGUAUUAUGAUACACGAAAAAAUUAUAUUAUACUGGGUUUGUUUUGUGUUUAUUUUUGUGACUUGACAUUGUUUGCAAGUGAGCAAUACAUUGUCUUGUACAAUCGUCUGAUGGAGGGGAAAAUAAACUUCAGAAUUUAAACUCA